AUGGCCGCAGCCCAGCGAAAAUACCUUACCGACGCUCGACGAGAGCGGAUCGAGCAGUUGUUAGCGGAAUAUCAUGUUCCUGGGGCGGGUGUUGCUGUUGUGUAUGGGGAUGUGAUGGAGACGGAGGUACGUAUAGCAAUGCGUGUGAACAUUGCCGGCGAAGCCGCUGACAUGUCUUUCUGCCAGGGCUAUGGCCGCGCCCGCCUUUCCCCCGACAGUCCAGCGACUUCGAGCACGCUCUUCCACAUCGGCAGUCUGACCAAAGCCAUGACUGCCGCCGCCGCGGGCAAAGUCUUCGAACUCCCCGUCGACCCAAAAGUCGAUCAUCCACGCAAUAAGGUGUUAGAAAAGCUUCGCCGUGAUAGAUUCGCCACAAAAAUUCAAAGCGUUCUGCCAGAGUUUGCGCUCGAAGACGAGUACAUCUCCAAGGAAGCCACCAUCGAGGACGCACUCUCGCAUCGCACGGGAAUGGACGGCGCCGAUAAGCUGUACGGAGACUGGAUGGGUCGAGAUCCUGCGGCGCUUGUGCGAGCGUUGCGGUGGUCGGGUCCGCCGACGAAGUCGUUCAGGAAUGCGUGGCAGUAUAAUAAUGUUAUGUACAGUGUGGUCGGAGCGGUGUUGCAGGAGGCCACAGGAAAGGCUUGGGGCGAUGUGUUGAAGGAGUUCCUGUGGAAGCCGUUGGGGAUGGAAUCGACUGUGGCGUAUUCGGCGGAGACGACUGAGGAAGACGAAGCUCGACUGGCUCGUGGGUACUACUGGAAUGACUCAGCUGGCGAGCCGUCUGCAGAGGAGUAUCUCGAAGAGCCGUUCCUGGCGUUUGCGGGUAUUGGACCUGCUGGCUCUACGGUAUCUUCCGCUGGAGAUAUGGCCAGGUGGAUCAGAGCUAUGUUGGCUGGCGCUCGGGGCGAAACCGAGUCCUUGAUCUCCGCCGGUCUAUUCCAGGAGCUCGCCACGCCGCGCAUAUUCCAGACUCGAGAUGCAGUGCAUUCUGUUCCUGGACAGAGGAAUGGUUUCUUGGGCUCUAAGAGCUACUCCCUGGGUUGGUUCGAUGUGCCAAACGCACAAGGAUCGAGGCAUCCUGUUGUUUGCCACGGGGGCGGGUUGACUGGCUUUGGAUCUAUGCUGUUCCUGCUUCCGAACGAUGACUUCGGCUGCGUUCUGCUAGGCAACACUACAGAGUCGUCUCAUGUCAUUGGGGAGAUCGCGUGCCUUGAGUUGCUGGCCGAUAGAUUGGAGCUGGAAGGGCAGGCAAGGAGAGAGUUCAUCGAAUCUGUGCAGACGGCUUCGUCUGACGCAGCCAUUGCAUCUAUCCAGCCGACACUAGGUCGAAUUCGUUUUGAGGAUUUGCGGAUCGACUUUCCCAGGCCAACACAACACCAGCGGCUCCUGGAAGAGAUCUCAGGCACGUAUCAGCAUCCAGCAUACGGUUCAUACAAUAUGACCGCUUUGCCAGACUCCGAAUCCAGCACAAAGAUCGUGUAUGGCUCUUCAAUUUCGGAAGACCUGCAGAAAGAGCGUUCCAAGAGCCGCGCGACGAAAGGAUUACUGCUCGUGCAGCCUUUGGGUCAUCGCAGCUGGAGGAACUUGCUUGAGGCUAGGCAAUGCCCGUCUCGUAAGCGACGGGACUGGUGA